AUGGCAUCCGCUGCGUGCGCCAGCUGCGCAAAGUCGCCUCCCGAGGUCAAGCUCAAGCACUGUGUGCAGUGCCCCGAGGUCAAGUACUGCGGCCGUCCUUGCCAGACCGCUCACUGGCCCAUCCACCGCGCCGUUUGCAACAGCCAGACCGGCAGCAACGCGAGGUCAGCCGGCAACAACAACAACAACGCGAGAUCUGCCGGAAAUACCAACGCUAGGUCUGGAGCAACGGCGACGGGAGGAUCGUCGUCGGCCUCGGCCGGGCUGUCGCCUCCCAAGGGCCUGGAACAGGGCAUCGCUAAACCAUUUACGCACCUGGACAAGGGAACGUGGCUGCACGACCGCCCGCCCAAGGACGUCUACGCGCUGCUCGUCGACGCGUACCGUCUGCGCGUCGAGGACAUGUACAACCUCGAGGGCGAGAUUGAACCGGGAAGCCUGUACGGCGGCGCGCCCAACGGGCUCGCCGGCUUCCGGCGCUUCCUGGCCCGCGUGGCGGCGCGUCCGGGCCUGCUGCCGCCGUGGUGGAACGCGGACAAGAAGAAGGAGUGCGAGGAUCUGGGCAUGGACGCCGGGCAGUGGCACGACUUGCGUUGCGCGGUGGAGAAGAGCGACAUUAUCGAGCACUAUGGAGAUGGGCAGUUUCCGAUGCAGCUGCGCAUGUUUGCCGAGGCCGUGUAUGGAGGGCCCGCGCCGGGGGGAUUCAGCGGGACGGCGAUGAGGAGCAUGAUGAUGGCGAUGGAGCAGGGUGGCAUGGGGGACAUGCAGGCUUCCAGUUUUGAUAUCUCUUCCAUGUUAAAGAGGUAA